CUCCUCCUCCUCCUCCUCCUCCUCCUCUCGGAGAUGGAUACCUCUCUUUGCCCUCCUUCCAAGUGCCGUUUCUGGAGGGUUUUCUUGGUGGGGAGCUUGUGGCUGGACCAUCUGGGCUCGGUGCUGGCGUGCCCAGCCAACUGUGUCUGCAGCAGAACGGAGAUCGACUGCAAGAAUCCCGACGAUGGGAAUCUGUUCCCCCUCUUGGAGGGGCAGGAUUCGGGGCCCAGCAACGGCAAUGCGAGCAUCAACAUCACGGAUAUCUCAAGGAACAUCACGUCCAUACACAUAGAGAACUGGAGGAGCCUCCACACACUCAACGCUGUCGACAUGGAGCUUUACACGGGACUUCAGAAGCUGACCAUCAAGAACUCAGGACUCCGGAACAUCCAGCCCCGUGCAUUCUCCAAGAACCCUCACUUGCGCUCCAUAAAUCUUUCCAGCAACCGGCUCACCACACUGUCAUGGCAACUCUUCCAGCCGUUGAGUCUUUGGGAACUGAGGUUAGAGCAAAACUUCUUCAACUGCAGCUGCGACAUCCGCUGGAUGCAACUGUGGCAGGAGCAGGGGGAGGCUAAGCUGAACAGCCAGAAUCUCUACUGCAUCAAUGCGGAUGGGUCCCAACUGCCCCUGCAGCGCAUGAACAUCACGCAGUGCGACCUGCCAGAGAUCAGUGUGAGCCACAUCAACCUCACUGUGCGUGAGGGAGAGAAUGCCGUCAUCACCUGCAAUGGCUCGGGCUCCCCGCUGCCCGACGUGGACUGGACCGUCACUGGCCUGCAGUCAAUCAACACCCACCAGACAAACCUAAACUGGACCAACGUCCACGCCAUCAACCUGACCCUGGUGAACGUGACCAGCGAGGACAAUGGCUUCUCCCUGACCUGCAUCGCCGAGAAUGUGGUGGGCAUGAGCAAUGCCAGUGUGGCGCUCACCGUCUACUAUCCCCCCCGCGUGGUGAGCCUGGAGGAGCCCGAGGUGCGCUUGGAGCACUGUAUAGAGUUUGUCGUGCGGGCCAACCCGCCCCCGACCCUGUAUUGGCUGUAUAACGGGCAGCCCCUGCGUGAGUCGGAGAUCAUCCGUGUGGAGUUCUACCAGGAGGGCGAGGUGUCAGAGGGCUGCCUGCUCUUCAACAAGCCCACCCACUACAACAACGGAAACUACACCCUCAUCGCUCGGAACCAGCUGGGUGCUGCCAACCAGACCAUCAGGGGCCACUUCCUCAAGGAGCCCUUCCCAGAGAGUACAGAUAACUUUGUCUCAUUCUAUGAAGUGAGCCCCACGCCUCCCAUCACCGUGACCCACAAACCCGAGGAGGAUACCUUUGGGGUAUCCAUAGCCGUUGGACUUGCAGCUUUUGCCUGUGUCUUGUUGGUGGUCCUCUUUAUCAUGAUCAACAAAUAUGGCCGCCGGUCCAAGUUUGGCAUGAAAGGUCCCGUGGCUGUGAUCAGCGGCGAGGAGGACUCCGCCAGCCCCCUGCAUCACAUCAACCACGGCAUCACCACCCCCUCGUCGCUGGAUGCCGGGCCGGACACGGUGGUGAUUGGGAUGACCCGCAUCCCUGUCAUCGAGAACCCCCAGUACUUCCGCCAGGCCCACAACUGCCACAAGCCCGAUACAUACGUUCAGCACAUUAAGCGGAGAGACAUCGUGCUGAAGAGGGAACUGGGAGAGGGGGCCUUUGGGAAGGUGUUCCUGGCAGAGUGCUACAAUCUCAGUCCGACAAAGGAUAAGAUGCUGGUGGCCGUGAAGGCCCUGAAGGACCCAACACUCGCUGCCCGGAAGGAUUUCCAGCGAGAGGCGGAGCUGCUCACCAACUUGCAGCACGAGCACAUUGUCAAGUUCUACGGGGUGUGCGGGGACGGGGACCCCCUCAUCAUGGUCUUUGAGUACAUGAGACACGGCGACCUCAACAAGUUCCUCAGGGCCCAUGGACCCGACGCCCUGAUCCUGGUGGAUGGGCAGCCCCGGCAGGUGAAGGGUGAACUGGGGCUGUCCCAGAUGCUGCACAUCGCUAGCCAGAUCGCUUCAGGCAUGGUGUACCUCGGGUCCCAGCACUUUGUCCACCGCGACCUGGCCACCCGCAACUGCUUGGUGGGUGCCAACCUGCUGGUCAAGAUCGGAGACUUUGGCAUGUCCAGAGAUGUCUACAGCACCGAUUACUACAGGGAAGGGCCAUGGCAGAAGGGCCAGUUCAGCACAGCAUGGCAGAGGCAGAGGCUAGCAACACCGGCGGCUUCAACAGUGGGCGGUCACACCAUGUUGCCCAUCCGCUGGAUGCCACCCGAGAGCAUCAUGUACCGGAAGUUCACCACAGAGAGCGACGUCUGGAGCUUUGGGGUCAUCCUCUGGGAGAUCUUCACCUACGGGAAGCAGCCCUGGUUCCAGCUGUCGAACACAGAGGUUAUCGAGUGCAUCACCCAAGGCCGGGUCUUGGAAAGACCCCGUGUCUGCCCCAAGGAGGUCUAUGACAUCAUGUUGGGCUGCUGGCAAAGGGAACCCCAGCAGCGCCUUAACAUCAAGGAGAUAUACAAGAUCCUUCAUGCGCUGGGCAAAGCCACACCCAUCUACCUGGACAUCCUUGGCUAGCCACGUCCCACGGUCAAGAAUCCACCCCCAACCUCACCCUUCCACCUUCUUCUUUUCUCCCCUGACCCUCGCCCUUCUCCCUCUCCCCGACCCAAGAAAACAUCUCCAUAUAAACUCAAGUGCCUGCUAUAUAUACACCUCUGAACGGCGACCUGUAAGGCAGUUUGGUGAGUGUAUGUAUAUAUACAUAUUUAUAUAUAUACACAUAUAAACGUUCACCGUGUGUGCGUAUGUUUCUAAAUACCAUCCACACCGAUGCAGAAAGAAGCCUGCUGUUCCAGAAACGUUAUAAGACUUUCAGAAUGACGACGUAGAAAACCUUAAAAGUAUUAAACUGAAAAAAAGACAACCUUUCUGGCCAAGCUAUGAACCACACUCAACCGGACUCGUUGCUGGAUAUGAUCCUUUGAUUCCGGCGGGUGGAGCUGAAGCCCUUGGCGCUGACAGGCAGGCAGACAGACAGACAGACAGACAAUCCUCCCUUUGGGGUUGGAAGACCUGAGGAGGGUGGGGUCUGGGGGCGGUCGCUGCUCGUGAGUCGUCUGCAUCUGGCAUCUAGA